CUUAGGUGGAGGAGAGAGGAAGAGACACAGAAAGAGGGAGGGAGGAAGAAAGAAAGAGAUAGCAAACGGAGAGAAAAGGGAGAAGGUUGAGGAAGGGGGAACAUAAGAAGGACGGAACAUAAUAAAAGAAUGAGGGAACAGAAAGAUGCCGAAGUCCAGCAUUGAAAGAAAAUUCAAACUGGGCAUAAAAGGGGUGGAAAAAUCCUGGUGCUCAUCAUGGCAGGACUGGGGACUCCCACUCUGGAAACAGGUGUGGGUUCCAGAGGUGGGACCUGCACAUAACAGACAUUUAUGACUUAUCAUGUGGAUAUGGUAUAAAUGUCUAAGGUGGGAAUACCCCAUUUUGGGUCUAUUCACACGUCCACAAAAUGGGGCCGGAAUGUGCUGUCCGCAUCCGCGGAUCCGCACUUUCGUUCCGCAAAAAAAUAGAACAUGUCUAAUCGGUUUAUAACCUACACCUACACCAUCAUUAUCUUAUCACAAUUUUAACUUCAAAUCUUCUCUUGUGUUCCUCAUUCCUACAUCUCUACUCUUAUGCUGCACGUUUCUACAUCUCAUCUCUCGUGCUGCAUAUUCCUACAUCUAAUCUCUCGUGCUGAAGGUUUCUAGAUCUCUACUCUCAUGCUGCAUGGCCCUACAUAUCUAGUCUCAUGCUGCAUACUCCUACAUCUCUUCUCUCAGGCUGCACGUUCCUACAUCUCGUCUCUUGGGUUGUAUAUUCCUACAUCUCUUCUUUCGUGCUGCAGGUUUCCAAAUCUCUACUCUCGUGCUGCAGGCUCCUACAUCUCUUCUCUCGUGCUGCUGGUUUCUACAUCUCUACUCUCGUGCUGCAUAUUCCUACAUCUCUUCUCUCGUGCUGCAUGGUCCUACAUCUCUACUCUUGUAUUGCACGUUCCUACAUCUCUUCUCCUGGGCUGUAUAUUCCUACAUCUCUUCUCUUGGGCUGCACAUUCCUACAUCUCUUCUCUUGGGCUGCACAUUCCUACAUCUCUUCUCUUGGGCUGCACAUUCCUACAUCUCUUCUCUUGGGUUGUAUAUUCCUACAUCUCUUCUCUUGGGCUGCACAUUCCUACAUCUCUUCUCUUGUGCUGCACAUUCCUACAUCUCUUCUCUUGGGCUGCACAUUCCUACAUCUCUUCUCUUGGGCUGCACAUUCCUACAUCUCUUCUCUUGGGCUGCACAUUCCUACAUCUCUUCUCUUGGGCUGCACAUUCCUACAUCUCUUCUCUUGGGCUGCACAUUCCUACAUCUCUUCUCUUGGGUUGUAUAUUCCUACAUCUCUUCUCUUGGGCUGCACAUUCCUACAUCUCUUCUCUUGUGCUGCACAUUCCUACAUCUCUUCUCUUGGGCUGCACAUUCCUACAUCUCUUCUCUUGGGCUGCACAUUCCUACAUCUCUUCUCUUGGGCUGCACAUUCCUACAUCUUUUCUCUUGGGCUGCACAUUCCUACAUCUUUUCUCUUGGGAUGCACAUUCCUACAUCUCUUCUCUUGGGCUGCACAUUCCUACAUCUCUUCUCUUGGGGCUGCACAUUCCUACAUCUCUUCUCUUGGGUUGCACAUUACUACAUCUCUUCUCUUGGGCUGCACAUUACUACAUCUCUUCUCUUGGGCUGCACAUUCCUACAUCUCUUCUCUUGGCCUGCGCAUUCCUACAUCUCUUCUUUUGGGCUGCACAUUCCUACAUCUCUUCUCUUGGCCUGCACAUUCCUACAUCUCUUCUCUUGGGCUGCACAAUCCUACAUCUCUUCUCUUGGCCUGCACAUUCCUACAUCUCUUCUCUUGGCCUGCACAUUCCUACAUCUCUUCUCUUGGCCUGCACAUUCCUACAUCUCUUCUCUUGGCCUGCACAUUCCUACAUCUCUUCUCUUGGCUUGCACAUUCCUACAUCUCUUCUCUUGGGCUGCAUAUUCCUACAUCUCUUCUCUCGUGCUGCAUGGUCCUACAUCUCUACUCUUGUAUUGCAAGUUCCUACAUCUCUUCUCCUGGGCUGUAUAUUCCUACAUCUCUUCUCUUGGGCUGCACAUUCCUACAUCUCUUCUCUUGGGCUGCACAUUCCUACAUCUCUUCUCUUGGGCUGCACAUUCCUACAUCUCUUCUCUUGGGUUGUAUAUUCCUACAUCUCUUCUCUUGGGCUGCACAUUCCUACAUCUCUUCUCUUGUGCUGCACAUUCCUACAUCUCUUCUCUUGGGCUGCACAUUCCUACAUCUCUUCUCUUGGGCUGCACAUUCCUACAUCUCUUCUCUUGGGCUGCACAUUCCUACAUCUUUUCUCUUGGGCUGCACAUUCCUACAUCUUUUCUCUUGGGCUGCACAUUCCUACAUCUCUUCUCUUGGGCUGCAGAUUCCUACAUCUCUUCUCUUGGGGCUGCACAUUCCUACAUCUCUUCUCUUGGGUUGCACAUUACUACAUCUCUUCUCUUGGGCUGCACGUUACUACAUCUCUUCUCUUGGGCUGCACAUUCCUACAUCUCUUCUCUUGGCCUGCGCAUUCCUACAUCUCUUCUUUUGGGCUGCACAUUCCUACAUCUCUUCUCUUGGCCUGCACAUUCCUACAUCUCUUCUCUUGGGCUGCACAAUCCUACAUCUCUUCUCUUGGCCUGCACAUUCCUACAUCUCUUCUCUUGGCCUGCACAUUCCUACAUCUCUUCUCUUGGCCUGCACAUUCCUACAUCUCUUCUCUUGGCCUGCACAUUCCUACAUCUCUUCUCUUGGCUUGCGCAUUCCUACAUCUCUUCUCUUGGGCUGCACAUUACUACAUCUCUUCUCUUGGCCUGCACAUUCCUACAUCUCUUCUCUUGGGCUGCACAUUCCUACAUCUCUUCUCUUGGCCUGCACAUUCCUACAUCUCUUCUCUUGGCCUGCACAUUCCUACAUCUCUUCUCUUGGCCUGCACAUUCCUACAUCUCUUCUCUUGGCCUGCGCAUUCCUACAUCUCUUCUCUUGGCUUGCGCAUUCCUACAUCUCUUCUCUUGGGCUGCACAUUACUACAUCUCUUCUCUUGGCCUGCACAUUCCUACAUCUCUUCUCUUGGGCUGCACAAUCCUACAUCUCUUCUCUUGGCCUGCACAUUCCUACAUCUCUUCUCUUGGCUUGCACAUUCCUACAUCUCUUCUCUUGGGCUGCACAUUACUACAUCUCUUCUCUUGGCCUGCACAUUACUACAUCUCUUCUCUUGGGCUGCACAUUCCUACAUCUCUACUCUUGUAUUGCACGUUCCUACAUCUCUUCUCCUGGGCUGUAUAUUCCUACAUCUCUUCUCUUGGGCUGCACAUUCCUACAUCUCUUCUCUUGGGCUGUACAUUCCUACAUCUCUUCUCUUGGGUUGUAUAUUCCUACAUCUCUUCUCUUGGGCUGCACAUUCCUACAUCUCUUCUCUUGGGCUGCACAUUCCUACAUCUCUUCUCUUGGGCUGCACAUUCCUACAUCUCUUCUCCCAGUCUGUGCAUUCCCGAAUCUCUUCUCUCUCAUCUAUUACCCUCCCUAACUGUUAUUUAAAUACACUUACAGGGUGCAAGCUCUAGAUGCCCAGGAAAUAAUAACCAAAGGUGCAUACUUAACACUGACAGGUAAUGCACACACAGUUUGCACAACCUUGAGAGGGCCAUGCAAUAUGUUAUAGUGAGGAGGUAGACUGAAGUCAGAAAUAAGACUAAUUACUUUAAAAUCAGAGUAGGGAUAAUGGGUGAGACAGAAUGGAUGAGAAAAGAAGGAUGAAGAUCAGACAGAAAUGGACAAGGAGCGCCGCAGGCCAGAGCAUAACUGGAACGGGGAGACUUGGGGUCAUGAGGAGCAAGUCUGUGACACGGUAGGAAUGUG